AUGCCAAAAUUCACAUCAAAAGAAGACUUUUGUAAACAAAGUAAUGUCAGAGCUGAACUUGACAAAGAACUAAUUCAAUUCGCAUAUGACAACUUGAAUAAUUUACCAUUGAAGAAAGGGGAUGAAAAUUACGAAAGAAUGAUUAGUGGAAUGAUUUACAAUGCAUACCAGAAAGAAUUGGAAGAUACAAGAAUGUUAAUUAGAGAUAGUAUAUUAGACUAUGGAAAUUUUAGAAGAAGAGACUACAAAACCACAAAGGAGUUUUAUGAUGCAAAACUUGAACAUUUAAGAAGCUUCAUUGGUCAUGUUGGUAAAGAUUCUUUCAUGGAAUAUCCAGUUUAUUUUGAUUAUGGAUUCAAUACCUAUUUUGGAGAUCAAUUUUAUAGUAAUUAUAACUUAACAAUCUUAGACGUUUCAGUAGUGAAAAUUGGAAAUCGAGUAAUGUGCGGUCCAAACGUAUCAAUCUUAACUGCCACUCAUCCAACUGAUCCAACUUUAAGAGAUCAAUUACUUGAAAAUGCAUUACCUAUCACAAUCGGUAACACAGUCUGGCUUGGAGCUGGUCUGACAGUUUUACCAGGGGUUACUAUUGGAGACAACUGUGUCAUUGCCGCUGGUGCCGUUGUGAAUAAAGAUAUUCCUCCAAACUCAAUUGCCGUAGGUAUUCCUGCCAGAGUUGUCAAGACUAUGGACCCUGUAGAUCCAGAUUUUGACGUUCACACAGUAUUAAGAGAAUAUGGCAUGGAUCUCAUCCAUUAG